AUGUCUCAAUCUUCUCUUCCCAUUGCCAAAGCCGAGUCACCUGAUAUGGAGGUUGUUAUGAUCAAAUGCCUCAAAGACGGCUGCCAAGAUAGUUUCCCCAGUCUCAACGAUGUCAAGAAGCACCAACGAAUCACUCAUCAGGCCCAAGUAUCUUGUACUAUCUUUGGGACCAAAGACACUGUCAAACUAACCCGGCAAUCCAACGACAUGUCCACUUGCCCAACGGAAGGCUGCAAUCAUCAGACCAAGGAUCCAGUCAACAUGCAAAACCAUGUCAAGCGUUGCAACCACGAAACUGUUCAAGCCCCACGAGUGAUGCCGGUCCCUCCACCUGAUGAUGCCACCCUGGUCCCCAUUGGGAAUCAAGUCAUUGUCAUCCCAGAAUACACGAGCUUGGCCUACAACAGUUACGCCCAAGUCCUCUUGUGCCAAAAAUGCAAUCAAGGCAUUAUCCCGAACGAGGUCGAGUCUCACAUGGCCCGAGCACACCACGAGAAGGUCCUAGCCAAUGACCUGCACCGCGACUUCCUCAAGCAUAAUAUAACUCUACCA